GGCGCCCGGCGGGGAGGGGGCGUGCGACCGGGGACCGGCCCCGAGGCGCAGGAUGGAGGAGGAGAUGCAGCCGGCGGAGGAGGGGCCCAGCGUCCCCAAAAUCUACAAGCAGCGCAGCCCCUACAGCGUCCUCAAGACGUUCCCCAGCAAGAGACCGGCGCUGGCCAAGCGCUACGACAGACCCACCCUGGUGGAGCUGCCGCACGUCCGGCCGCCGCCGCCCCCGCCGCCCUUCGCGCCGCACGCCGCCGUCUCCAUCAGCAGCAGCGAGCCGCCGCCGCGCCGCCGCCGCAGCCGGCAGUCCAGGGCGCAGGGCCCCACCCCCCCCGGGCCCGGCCGGGCCGCCGCCGCCGCCUCGUCGUCGUCUCCAUCCUGCACGCCCGCCGCGUCCCAGGGCCACCUGAGGACUCCGGCGCCGCCGCCGGCGGCCCCCGCCGCCUCCUCAUCCUCGUCCUUCGCCGCCGUCGUCAGGUAUGGCCCGGGCCCGGCGGCCGCCACGGGCAGCAGCAGCGCGGGCAGCGACGGCGCCAGCCUGGAGCUCAGUGCAGAGAGUCGAAUGAUCUUGGAUGCCUUUGCCCAGCAGUGCAGUCGAGUUCUUAGUCUCUUAAAUUGUGGAGGAAAGCUUCUGGACUCCAACCAUUCCCAAUCCAUGAUUUCUUGCGUAAAGCAGGAAGGCUCGAGUUAUACCGAAAGACAGGAGCAGUGUCCCAUCGGGAAAGGGGUCCACAGUCAGACCUCUGAUAAUGUAGACGUAGACAUGCAAUAUAUGCAAAGGAAACAACAGACUUCUGCCUUUUUGAGGGUUUUCACUGACUCCCUACAAAAUUACCUGCUCUCAGGGAGUUUCCCGACUCCAAACACCUCAUCGGUCAGUGAGUACGGCCAUCUGGCCGACGUGGAUCCUCUGUCAACCUCCCCCGUGCACACACUAGGUGGCUGGACCUCCCCGGCGACCUCUGAAUCCCACGGUCAUCCAUCCUCUUCCACACUGCCAGAGGAGGAGGAAGAGGAGGAAGAGGAAGGCUACUGUCCGAGGUGCCAGGAGCUGGAGCAGGAGGUUAUUUCCCUGCAACAAGAAAAUGAAGAACUCAGACGGAAAUUGGAGAGCAUCCCAGUGCCCUGCCAGACCGUUCUGGAUUACCUGAAGACCGUGCUACAGCACCACAACCAGCUCCUGGUCCCGCAGCCUACCGAGCAGCCCACCGAGGGAAGCAAGCAGCUGCUGAACAACUAUCCUGUCUACAUAACGAGCAAACAGUGGGACGAGGCUGUAAAUUCUUCCAAGAAAGACGGGCGACGGCUCCUUCGAUAUCUCAUCAGAUUUGUUUUCACAACCGAUGAGCUUAAGUACUCAUGCGGCCUUGGGAAAAGGAAAAGGUCAGUGCAGUCAGGAGAGACAGGUCCUGAAAGACGCCCUCUGGAUCCAGUUAAAGUAACAUGCCUCCGAGAGUUCAUUAGGAUGCACUGUACCUCCAAUCCCGACUGGUGGAUGCCCUCGGAGGAGCAGAUAAACAAAGUGUUCAGCGACGCCGUGGGGCACGCCCGGCAGGGGCGGGCGGUGGGGACUUUCCUGCACAACGGCGGCUCGUUCUAUGAAGGGAUCGACCACCAGGCUUCCCAGGAUGAGGUCUUCAAUAAAAAUUCCCAGGAUGGGUCCGGGGAUUAGUGGACAGAAUCUUGACACUGGAGCAGCUGGUCCUCUCACGAGUUCCAGUUGUCCACAUCCUGUUCCCCUCACCUGCGAGUCCAAAGCACGUCCUUCUGCCAGACUUGACACAUCUCAAACCUUAAGUCUCUGACCUACCGCCACCAUUCCCAAACAAAUCCAUUUUAGGGUUGUUUGGGAAGUCUGUGGGACCUACAACAGGCUUUCAGGAGAUUACAAAAAGCAAAGAACCACAAUUGCGUUGAAUUGAUUGCUAGCUAGACAGUGAGGCUGAAAACAAUAGGGGAGCUCCUGGUCACGUGUCCGAAACCUUCUCGUAAGCUCCGCUUCCCAAGCAGAGCCGGUCCCCACGGAAGGCCGGGUUAGAGUAGAGAAGACAGAGACAUGGAGUUAUUUUAAGGGACGACGAACAAACAUUCUCUUACUUUAAUUCAAAUAAGUUGUCUUUAUAUUUUCCAAAGACCUGAAUUCCUACUUCUCAGCAAGGACAUAGGAUAAGUGACACUGUGUUGUCUGAGCAUUGACAAAGCCUCUGAAAAACCCAGAGAAAAGAGGUCACUGC